GCAUGUGUGUAGCAGUAUCACAUGUUCCUUGUUAGCAACGACAACGGCGAUAAAAUGGCAAUGCAGGAACCUGGUGUCGUACUUCAAAACCAAUGCGAUGAAAGUUUAGAAUACGACAAAGAUCAGUCUGGUGAUCACAUCGAACCAGUGCCAAUACUGGAUAUUGAAGUAAAGGACGAAACAUGUGUAGCUCAAAUAGAUCCAGGCUUUCUGCCAAACGAUGUGAUACUGGUAGUAGAAGAAAAAUAUCUUCAUGUAAACAAAGCCUUACUAGAGUCAGCUUCACCUGUUUUUGAUGCUUGGCUUAAGAAAGAGUGGCAACAAGACGAGUGCACUGACGACACUAAAAGGAAGCUGGAGUUCCCUGGGAAAACAUAUGAUGAGAUGGCCACAUUCUUAAAAUGUCUUCUGCCCUUUUUCCCUGACAAAAUCACAGAUAAAAAUCUGGAUACAGUACUACCUUUAGCAGAUGAGUAUCGGACAGAAAACUUGAUCACAGAAUGUGUGGAAGUCAUCCGAAACCACGUGGAGUCUGUCUCCAAGGUUGAUAUAUACAUUCCACCUUCCCGGGUCUUCACAUACCUACGCUGGAUUGACCGAUAUAAUCUCCACACGGGUAAAGAAUGUGUUGUGAGGUUAGCAUCGUACCUGAAAACCGAAGAGCUAGAGGCAGAUGCAGACUACGAAAAUGUCAGCCCAGGACUUCAACUGGAUGUAUCUAAUGCCAGAGCCAAGCUACUUGAGAGUCUAUUUGUGUUCAGUGUAACAGAAGCGGAAAAAAAGAUGAACCAGUUCAAAAUUCCACUCUCCAUUCAUUAUAUGGAUGAAUGGAAAAAUAAUGUAAUAGAAAUUGUGGAGGCGUUUCUCAUAGCAUCAACAACAACACCAAAUACGGCUCCAGGCCAGUCAAUGUUUCACCCACCAAACAUUCAAGUGGUUACUCAGGCUUUUGGGGUGCCCUUUGGAUGUCCAUCUGAUCAGCUUCACUUAUGA